AUGUCUGAUUAUGUUCACGAAGAUAUACUGGAGAAAAUCCUUCAUCGCCUUCCGCCCAAAAGCAUUGGAAAGUGUAUGGCAGUGUGCAAAUCAUGGAACCUUUUGAUAAAAAGCCACCGCUUCGUAUCCUCUUACCAACAAUGCUCCCUCUCCUCCACUUCUCUCUUCCUUGUCCAUCACUCACUUGAACACUAUUCUAUAUGCUCCCCAAAUAUCGAAUGCUGGUUUUCGCUUCCUCGUAUCCUGAGUACAUACCGUUUUGUGGGGGCUCUCAACGGCCUCGUUUGCUUCGCUACAUCCUAUGAUCGUGACGGGGUCAUCAUCGUGAAUCCUCUGACACGAAGAAUGUUGCAACUCCCAACCACCCAAAUGCUGGAUAACCCUUCCCGACGAUUUCGGUUUAGGUUUGGAUUUGGAUUUGAUUCCAAGAAUAAUGAUUUCAAGGUGAUAUAUAUUUGUUACCCUGGUCCCAAUGACGAUCCUCUCGUGGUGGAGUUGUAUUCCCUCAACAAAGGUGUUUGGAGUGUCAUUGAUGCUUCAUUCGUGGAACCUUUUUAUAAUAAUUGGAUGGACGAGGAGAAACAAUUGUUUUUUAAGGAGAGUGUGCAUUGGCUUGGCUACGAUUCAGAAGACAUUUACUACAUACUCAUCUUCCAUAUGGUGGAGGAGAAGUUCAGCAAGAUGGAGCUUCCACAAGUGUUGUCGGCUAUGUCCCAGAGACAUUUGGAUUUGGAUAUUACUGUGAUCGACGGUUGCCUCUCGCUUAUAGAGUACCUUAGAGAUGGUAGUUGUAAUAUAUGGAUGAAGAGAGAGUCAUGGAUUAAUAUUCAGAGUGUUCAUUUAUCAGAGGGAAAUAUUAUUAAACAAGUAUUAGGACAGGACACAAGCUCUGAAGUUUUAGUGCUUCCACGUUUUUCAUAUGGAGAAAAAGAUUCAUUGCAUUUGCAUGCCUAUGAUCUCAUGAAGAGCCAACAGAUGAGGAAUCUUGGGGUCGAAAGUACAUUCAAUCGUUUAUGUGCUUCUGACUUCACAUGCAGCUUGAUUUUUCUUGACAAAGAAAGCUAUCCCUAUAAUCCGUUUGGGGACAUGACGAUGGAUGAUCAUCCCGAAGGCCGAGGUUGGAUCUUCAAAUGGCAGAUAUUGAUAGAUGGUGGUCAUCAUUUAUAG